CAAUAUCACUUAUAGUCAACACUCAGUCAGUUUUCCCAAAAAGAAAAACCUCUCAUAAAACUACACAAAGACCACAUUGUUAAGUAUCUCUCUGACUCUCCCUUUCUCUUUCUCUGCACCUUGUUACUUCAUUCAUGGCUGUUUUGAAACUAUACUCUUCUUACAUUUUCUGCACCUUCAUUACCAUAUCCUUUACUACUGUUUCACUCACUCAAUCCUCGUCCUUAAAUCCUCCUCCUCCUCCUCCUCCUCCUUCUACAGAUGUUGAACUUCUACUUGGAAAGAUCAAAGCUUCACUACAAGGUAACACUGAAAAUCUUUUACUUUCCUCAUGGAACUCGUCUAUUCCUCUUUGCCAAUGGAGAGGUCUCAAAUGGGUAUUCUCCAAUGGGUCCCCUCUUUCUUGUAGUGAUCUUUCUGCACCAGAAUGGACUAAUCUUUCACUUUAUAAAGACCCAUCUUUGCACUUGUUAUCCCUCCAGCUCCCAUCUGCUAAUCUUACUGGUUCACUUCCUAGAGAGCUUGGUGAGUUCUCUAUGCUUCAAAGUUUGUAUCUUAACAUUAACUCAUUAAGUGGAACAAUCCCUCUCGAGCUUGGUUACAGUUCUUCACUUUCUGAUAUUGAUUUGAGUUUUAAUAUGCUUAAUGGGGUUCUAGCUCCAUCAGUUUGGAAUUUAUGUGAUAAAUUAGUUUCUCUUAAGUUUCAUUCUAAUUCACUCUCUGGCUCUCUUCCUGAAACUGCAUUGCCUGACUCUACUUGCAAGAAUUUGCAAUUUCUUGAUCUGGGUAGCAAUAAAUUUUCAGGGAAUUUCCCUGAAUUUUUUACUCACUUUGAAGGGCUUAAGGAGCUUGAUCUUUCUAAUAAUAUGUUUUCAGGUUCAAUUCCUCAGGGUUUAACUGUGUUAAAAAAUCUUGAAAAAUUGAAUCUUUCACAUAAUAAUUUUAGUGGGGUUUUGCCUGUUUUUGGUGAAUCAAAAUUUGGUGUAGAGGUUUUUGAAGGGAAUGAUCCUAGUCUUUGUGGGCUGCCUUUAAGAAGUUGUAAUGGAAGUUCAAGAUUGAGUUCAGGUGCAAUAGCUGGUAUUGUUAUUGGUCUAAUGACAGGAGUUGUAGUUUUGGCCUCAUUGUUAAUUGGGUAUAUGCAAAAUAAGAAGAGAAAAUGUAGGGAAGAUAGUGAAGAUGAAUUAGAGGAAGGAGACGAUGAAGAAAAUGGUGGUGCUGGUGGCGGUGAAGGAAAGCUAAUUUUGUUUCAAGGUGGUGAGCAUUUGACAUUAGAGGAUGUUUUGAAUGCAACAGGACAAGUAACGGAAAAGACUACUUAUGGGACAGUUUAUAAAGCAAAACUUGCUGAUGGAGGCACGAUUGCUUUGAGGUUGUUGAGGGAAGGUAGUUGCAAAGAUAGGAGCUCUUGCUUACCUGUGAUAAAGCAAUUAGGGAAGAUUCGGCAUGAAAAUUUGAUUCCUUUGAGAGCUUUCUACCAGGGGAAGAGGGGAGAGAAGCUACUCAUAUAUGACUAUCUUCCAAGCAGAAAUCUUUAUGAUCUCUUACAUGAAACAAAAGCAGGAAAACCAAUACUGAACUGGGCUAGGCGGCACAAGAUUGCAUUGGGCGUAGCCAGGGGAUUAGCAUACCUUCAUACCGGUCUUGAGACACCUAUUACACAUGGGAAUGUGAGAUCCAAAAAUGUGCUUGUGGAUGAAUUUUUUGUUACUAGGCUUACAGAAUUCGGGCUUGACAAGCUAAUGGUCCCUUCUGUGGCUGAUGAAAUAGUGGCACUUGCAAAAACUGAUGGGUAUAAGGCACCAGAGCUUCAACGGAUGAAGAAAUGCAAUUCUAGAACUGAUGUGUACGCAUUUGGAAUACUUUUGCUCGAGAUUUUGAUCGGUAAAAAACCGGGGAAAAACGGGAGGAAUGGUGAAUUUGUGGAUUUGCCUUCGAUGGUGAAAGUGGCAGUUUUGGAGGAAACAACAAUGGAGGUUUUUGAUGUGGAAAUUUUGAAAGGGAUAAGGAAUCCAAUGGAAGAAGGGCUAGUUCAGGCACUGAAACUCGCAAUGGGAUGCUGUGCUCCAGUCCCUUCAGUCAGGCCUACUAUGGAUGAAGUUGUGAAGCAAUUGGAAGAAAACAGACCAAGAAACAGGUCUGCUUUGUACAGUCCUACUGAAACAAGAAGCGAAAUUGGUACCCCUUUUUAAUUAAGCUAAGCUUUCUUUUUCAACCCAAAAAUUAGCUCCUCCUAUGUUUCAAAAUUUACUGGUGAUAGUAGUAGCUGUUGAUUGUAAUGUUACCUUCCUUGUAUUUCCAUAUGAGAAUUCAUUUCUUUAGCAUCUCUGUAAUUCAAAACAAUGCUUCCUUAUAAAAAAUAUUACUGCCUAA